GACGUUGAGCUCGAAAACGCUCAUUCGUGAUCGUCAAUUUGAAGUGAACAUCGUGAACGUACAAUCCUGUGCUCAUCAUGACUGGAAGAGGAAAGGGAGGAAAAGGUCUGGGUAAAGGAGGAGCCAAGCGUCACCGAAAAGUGCUGCGGGAUAACAUCCAGGGCAUUACCAAGCCCGCCAUCCGCCGUUUGGCUCGGCGCGGAGGAGUGAAACGUAUCUCCGGCCUCAUCUACGAGGAAACCCGUGGCGUCCUGAAAGUAUUUCUGGAGAAUGUGAUUCGUGAUGCGGUCACUUACACUGAACACGCCAAGCGUAAGACCGUCACCGCUAUGGAUGUGGUGUAUGCUUUGAAGCGUCAGGGCCGCACUCUGUAUGGUUUUGGAGGUUAA